AUGAGGGCGCGGGACCUCCAGGUCUGCCUGGUCUGCUUGUCCCGGCUCUUCGGCCAGUCUUGCCGGCUCAGCCUUGGCGGCCUGAUGCCGAUGGUGGCCGAAGAGCUUGACCUAGGCCCCGUGCAGUGCGCCUCCUUGCUCUCCGCCUUCCCCCUCGGGUAUAUGCUGAUGCAGGUGCCAGGCGGCACCGCCGCGGACGUGUUCGGGGCCCGGGUCGUCAUGGCAGCCGUGAUGGUGAGCACCGCGGGAGGGACCGUUCUGUUCGCGCAGCUCGCGAGUUUUCCUGCGAUGUGGCUGGCCGUAUUCGGCAUGGGCCUGAUGCAGGGGCCUUUGUUCCCCGUCACGGGCGUGGUCCUCUCCCGGUGGGUGCCAGGAUCCGCAAGGAGCGCGCCAGGGCCACCGCGGCGGCGGAGCUUGGGAACCCGCUCGGGGCCCUGGUGGCGCUGUUCGUGGUGCCCACGGCCGCGGCGCUCGUGGGCUGGAGGGCGGCCCUGA